GCAAUAAUAAAAUGUAUAAAUACGUCUACACACUUCACCUCUACCUUUAUCUCGAAUGCGUCAAUGAGUACGUUUAUUUCGUAGUUCAGAUAUCGCCGUCAUAUGAACCGCAUUCUAAAAAAAGUGGCGUCAGGUAGGCUGACUCUGCACUUCCAUCAGUUUAUCACAAGGAAAACCCUCCGAGAAAAAAAAAUAGUUUCGAAAAUGUACAAUAGAGAAAUUGAACUGAUCAGGUCAGUCAAAGAGCCCCAUAAAAUAACUCCAUAGGCGUUCUCUCUCUGUCUCACCGACACGGCUAUCACGUAUCUUGAAAAGUGACAUUAUGCCAAUUUUUUUUGACAUUAUGCUGUUUUUUUUUGACAUUAUGUAGGUGUUUCUACAAGAUAUUAACUUAGCACUUAGUUGUACGUGUUGCCUAAACUUCAUGAGACUUGUUAUCAAUCUUUGGCUCUGAUGUGAUGUAAAAUCUGCUUCUGUGAUGGCAUUACUGGAGGUCUAAGCUAAAACUUUCCCACAACUCUCCCUCGUUCUCAGACAACUGAGCGAUGCCAGCACUGAUCUCAAAGCGGUUAUGGCGGCGAAAAUACCGAAAGAACAGGAACGCGUCAAGAACUUCCGUAAGAACUAUGGUAACGUCAAAGUGGGAGAAGUCACCGUAGACAUGAUGUAUGGUGGUAUGAGAGGUAUCAAGGGUCUGGUAUGUGAAACUUCAGUAUUGGAUCCUGAUGAAGGUAUCAGGUUCAGAGGUCUCUCUAUCCCAGAAUGUCAAAAAGUACUACCAAAAGCACCUGGCGGCGAUGAACCUCUGCCUGAAGGUCUCUUUUGGCUGUUGAUGACUGGCGAAGUACCCACAGAUGCACAGGUGAAAGCCCUGUCGAAAGAAUGGGCAGAACGUGCAGAGCUGCCAUCCCAUGUUGUUCAACUGUUGAACAACCUGCCGACAUCAGUCCAUCCAAUGUCACAAUUCGCCUCAGCUGUCACUGUUUGCAACAGCGAGAGUAAAUUCGCUAAGGCCUACUCGAAUGGAGUACAUAAAUCCAAAUACUGGGAGUACGUCUAUGAAGACUCGAUGGACUUGAUCGCCAAACUGCCUGUGAUCGCAGCGACCAUCUACCGCAACACCUACAAGGACGGUAGCGGAAUUGGCGCCAUAGACACCAGCAAAGACUGGUCCCACAACUUCUCCAUGAUGCUGGGCUUUGACAACCCACAGUUCAUCGAACUGAUGCGUCUCUACCUGACCAUCCACUCUGACCACGAAGGUGGAAACGUAUCUGCCCACACGGUGCACUUGAUUGGAUCGGCGCUCAGCGACCCCUAUCUGUCAUUUGCAGGGGGCAUGUGCGGUUUGGCGGGACCCCUGCACGGUUUGGCCAAUCAAGAGGUAUUGGUUUGGCUGCAGAAAAUGCGUCAACAGAUCGGCGACAAAGCCACAGAAGAGGAAAUCAAGGAGUUCAUCUGGAAGACCCUGAAAUCCGGACAAGUCGUACCUGGAUACGGACACGCCGUACUGAGGAAGACUGACCCAAGGUACACCUGCCAGAGAGAAUUCGCCAUGAAACACCUACCUGAGGACCCAAUGUUCCAGUUGGUGUCCACCAUCUACAAAGUAGUACCUCCAAUCCUGACUGAAUUGGGCAAGGUGAAGAACCCAUGGCCAAAUGUAGAUGCACACUCUGGCGUCCUCCUUCAGUAUUACGGACUUAAAGAAAUGAACUACUACACAGUUCUCUUCGGAGUAUCAAGAGCAUUGGGUGUCUUGGCUUCUCUCGUUUGGGACCGUGCUUUGGGUCUGCCCAUCGAAAGACCAAAAUCCAUGUCUACUGACGGGCUCAUGAAGGCACUCAAAGCAAAAUAGAUAUCAGUACGUUUGUAUCGUACUUCACUACCAACAGCACUUACUUAAAUUUCGCCGAUAAAUUACCCCAAAAUAUGUUUUGUGUACAUAAAGUAGCACUAUAGUUUGUAUGCAUAGUACUGAUCUGUCACCUGCCAAAAUAUUGUUGCUUGGCGACCAUUCGCAAACACUCUAAGGUAAGAUCUCUUAGUUGUUUUCAAUAGAAAUAGUUGACAAACUAAGAAGCAUAAGGUUACGUGACACCAGUCAUUUUCAUUUAUUGACAGUUGACCUGAUGUCAUUUGUAGUCCUUUUUGUUUUUGAUAAAAAAACUGCUUAGCCUUUUGUAUUGUUGUGACACUUGUUAUAGAAAUUUUUUUAGAACGACCGGGUAAUUUCUAAAGUAAGUGUUCUCAGCGGCCAUUUCUUCCUUUACAACUUUUUAAUUUUUAUUAUUUUCCCGAUGUAGGAAGAUGUAUAUUUUGUGCAAAAACCUUAUUUAUUUAGAGUAACAUCCACUUGUGUUUAACUAGAUGUUUUGUUUACCUCUCAGUGAUUUACUUUUUAGUUAAGCACAAGUUAUUAGCCCUUAACUAUAUUUAUUUGACCCAUAUCGAUUUUUGUAGUUGUACAAAUAAGUGUAUUUAACAGGUACUUAGUUUUUAUCGUGAAUUAUUCUGAGUCUUGUUAAAUUCUCAAUAAAUUGAAGACAAUACAGUUUUAUAAAUCACA